UAUGGCGGUUGUGGAAACUUGAUUUUUGUUUUGGCCGAAGUGUUCUUGAAGUUUCGCAAUGAAUGAAACCCUUGAUUGAACUGACAGUGUUAAUGGCGAACAGCAUAACCACCCUUCUAACUAAUAACUAGGCCUAAAAGUGCAAGAAUAGAUCGCAUUCAUCGGAAACUAUCACGACGGGCACCUGCUAGACGGGACUGGUCACGUGACCCAAUUAGAUUAGCAGUCGGGACCUGUUGAUUGAGUGUGAUAGUGUGAUAACUAAAUAACACGGGACAUGAUGGCGACAGAGGUGCUUUCAGUUGAUACUCUAAAGCUUAAUGCUUACGGAGAUAAUCCACUCAGCUUCGAUGUGAAAGAUAGAGUCCCAGUAACAUCAGAUAUGAUAGUCCAUGACGAAGGCUAUGAUCCUGAUGUCAGUAUGAAGAAGAAACCAUCAAAAGUUUGGGAGCUCGAUGUCCGGCCCUUGAUCUCUACAAGAAAAUGGCUAAUGAAUUACGGCCUCAAGCGAAAUCGAUUAGAUCUCUUCCACAUUUUACCGCAGAUUGGUUUCAAACAUGCCGAAGAUUUCGACCCAUCUCUCAAAAAGCCUGUCAGCUCGCGGUAUGGGGAGGGGAUGUUCAAACGGUACUUCAGACAAGAUGGUAAAGUAUUCAAUAUAUCAUGUAGUAAAGAAAAAGUCAAACAAAUCGAAAAUCGCCUCGUGCAGGCCAUAUUACUUUACAAGAGGCGCUUACAGUGGCUUACCAGCGAAAGCAGACGCCUUUUUGGAGUCAUUCAAGAACAUUGCAUAUCUAUUGUGCUUGAUAUAAAAAAUAUGUCACCACAGCAGUUUGAUCAGUACCGUGCAGCCAUGGAACGUAUUCUGAAGGAACAAGUAUCACAGUGUGGAAAAUUUAACAUAAUCAGAGCUGCAGAAGACAUGGUGAUGUACAGUCCUGAUUGUGUGCCUGUGACAUCGGAGAGUAUAGACAAUGCCAUUGAUUGGUUAUGGGAACUGGAUCGCCUGGCGUCUGUCUCGAGGACAGCAACAACAGAAGCUGUUGUCAAGGCCAUGGAGGACACCAAUAUUGAGUGUGUCUAUCUGUUCAGCGAGGGUUGUGCCGCUGAAGGAACAAGAGAACUGCUCAAAGAGAAACUGGUCGGAGCCAAAUUGCCACUACAUGUCAUCUCCUAUAACUGCUCCAACCCUGAGACGAUGCAGCUGUUGAGAGCCUUGGCAAAGAUCACCGGAGGAAGAUUCCAUGCAUAUGCAGUUGUCAUGGAAAUGGACUCGUACGAGGGUCUACCACCUGAUCCACUCACACACCGGGCUAACAUCGUACUGAAGAAGAAGGCAUAUGGCGGCAUCCCGGCUGGUGCUGGAUGCAGGGAAGAUGUGAUCCUCUUGUUCGAGGAGCUGGAGGAUGCCAGGAACACACUUCAACAGGUUCAGGCCCUGCUGACAGAGAUACCUGACCCAAAACAGAUUUGUGAUAACCCACCAGACCGGUUCAGUUUCGACCAGUCGAGCAGCUCGGGCAGCUCCCGGCCUGAGCAGUACAUGGGAUCCAAGGAAUGGCUUGAUAGGAAUGGCAUGAGCUGCAAACGUCUCGGCUUCUUCGAUAUACUGAGUGGCGUGGCAUUCAAACACUGCGAUGGUGUCAUAGAUCUCAAGGAAGCUCCAACUGAUGAAGAAUUACAAACAGAUGCGGUUUUGAAAUCCAAGCUCGUGAAUGCCAAAUACUGUAAUCGGUUUGCUCAUGUCCGAUGGAAAGACGGCCAGGUGGUCCAUGUCCAAGUCACACCAGAGAUCCACCGACAAUACGAAACGAGAAUGACUGUCUUCUUGAAAAAAAUUAACUCCAGAAUUGACUGGUUACAGCAAGGCAGCCGCGCACUCUUUGGCACCGUCAUUGAAGACGAUAUUGUCUUCUUGAUUGACACCUCUUCCUCGAUGGAGCCGAGUAUACAAUUUGUCAAGGACAAGAUAUACACACUCAUGCAGGAACAACUUCGACACAAGCAGAAGUUCAACAUCGUCAGUUUCAACAGCCGUGUGUGCCCAUGGCGGGACCGCCUUGUCGAAGUGACAGAGGAGAACCUGCAAGCAGCCUGGCAGUGGGUCAAGAACCUCAGCUGCUCUGGGUCCACCAAUACGAUGGGAGCUCUCAGGUUUGCCCUGGCUGACCGUGGCACACAGGCUAUCUACUUGCUGACCGAUGGGCGUCCAGAUCAGCCACCCAAGACCGUACUUGCCCAGGUCAACCUGAAGAACCACAUUCCAAUCCAUGCGAUCUCAUUCAACUGCGCUGACGCAGAGGCGAAUAAAUUUCUAUGCCAACUUGCCAAAGAUACCACAGGGCGGUAUCACUACUUCUCUGAGCAUGGAUGCGAUCCAGAUGGCCCGGACCCAUGGGAGAGUGAAGAUAUCCGCCUAUUGAAGGAAGAAUCACAUCUUGCAGAGUCUAACUUGGAUAAGAUUGCUCAGUUGAGAGAUGAAUGCACAGCUCUUGCCUGGAAGCGGGAGGUCAUCAAGAAGUGCAGCAGGGAUCACAUCCUUUCACAACGAGACAGAAUAUCUGCCGUCCCACCACUGUCAACAACUGAACUAUACCGCGGCGACAAUGAGAGACCUAGAAGUGCGACAGGUAUCCGAAGCCAACCUUCCCCACUCGCGCCUCAGCGGCCCUCGACUGCCAUUGGCUACCAUUCCGCUCCCCAUGCUGGCCACCGACAGAAGCUGGCCCCACAGCGCUCCAUGACGACACCACGGCCAAUAAAUGUCAGACGGAGUCGCAAGAAUCCACUCUCAGCAAGUUUGGAUCUGAAUGCUCUGAGGAAGAAUGUAGCAGGUCAUACACGCACAAGUUUGCUCCGGACCUUGAGCAGUGCUGGCAAGUUUGAAGAUGCAGAGUGGCUCCUGCCAGAAACGAAGGAACUGUUUGAGAGGCAGUGGGAAAGACAGAAGAAACUAAAUGAAGAGAUGGAGAAGAAGGAGAAGCUACAAGUGAAGAAGAAGAAAAAGAUGACUGAUCCCCUUGUUAUGUCAUCCAGACAGUGGUUAAAGAAGUACGGCCUUGGAGCCAAGAAGUUGACGAUUCUGGAUGCCCUCGCUCCAACCAUUAUUCCACACAACCCAAAAUAUGUACCAAUCCUGGAUAAAUAUGUUCUGUCGAAGGUUUUUGAUGAAGUGUUGCCAGUGGCCCACAUGUCUCAAGAUAAAAAAGCUGUCAAACUAGUCAACCCGAAAGCUGUGGAUCUCAAGGGCUAUGAGAAAAGGCUCUCAAGGGCAAUCGCAGCCAUCAGAAAGCACCUCAACGAUGUUGUGUGGAACUGUCUUCCCGAGUCGGAACAAGAGGAAUUUGAUCACAUGCCAGACUUCCAAGAGCACAAACAGCAAAUUUUUGCCGCCCUGGACCGCGCCGGAUGGCCGAUUAAGGAGUCAGACAUCAUGCUCUUGGAAGACGAAAUCAAACAAGGAAUGAAGUAUCUUGAGCAGUCUCGAGCCCUGCGGUCCGCUAAUCCCGACCUCCAAGCCGGAGAUGUCGGUGAGAAUAUCUCGUUGUCCGAUUCUGGCGAUGAACUUGAGAAGGUUGAUGAAGCGAAGGAGGAGGAUGCAGAUGAUGAAAAAGACGUGGAUGAGUCGGAUAAAAAAUCUGUUGGCUCUGCCCACGAGUCUGAGCUAGCCUCUCCAUCUCCUGCCCCGGAGGCAGAGAAAUCUCCCUCCCCUGCCCCGGAGCCGGUGAAGGAGAACUCUUCAAGGUUUGAAUUUGAGGGUCUUGGUGAGGUGAUGGAGAAGAAAACACCUCGGUCGUCGCUGAAGUCGGAGAGUUGUCCUGUGUCACACAGCAAAGUUAGGAAGGUUCUCGACACACUCAAGGGACAGGUGGUUAUUGCGAGGAACACUGAGGAUGGGCUAUAUUAUCCUGGUUCUGUUGUAAAAUGUACCAACUCUCGCCAUGCCUUGGUGAAAUUCACAGAAAUUGGACAGAAGACGGUCCCAACUAGAUUUGUGAUACCAACUGGAGGUGCUGUAGCUAGACCAGUUUUGAGGGUUGGCGACUAUGUACUGUUACGAGUGAUGAACUAUGAAACAAAAUACGACUGUUACGUGCCAGGAAUCAUACGGAAUACGCCCAGCAAGGAGACAGAACAGAUUAAAUUCUACACAGUCAUGAUCUACUCAGGACAAAAGGCAUCUGCACUGCGGAACCACUUGGUGAAGAUCAGCAAGGCUAGGUUCACUUUCGCUGUUCGGUAUCUAAAGGAGACCCAAGAACAAGAAACUCCUAACAUAGAGAUAACACCACGCCAGAGUGACACCGAUGAUGACGACACUGCUUAUAAAGCCAAAAGGAAUGCAGAUAGAGAAGUCGCCAAAAUAACUAAUGGGGACCACAAUGGUGACCUGAAUGGAGACACUAAUGGGGCUUCUGAAACUCCGACUGAUAUCAACAAAGAGGAACUGCUCAAAUCACAGGAGAAGCGGCUUGACGACUUACAGCAUCAGUUAGAGCUGCAGCAGAGGGACCAGGCCAGACAGCAACGGAUUCUCCGAAAAGAAACGAAGCGGAUCGCACGUGCCCAGGAAAAGAUGGCGCGAGAACAAUCAAAACAGCAGAAGCAGACGGAAGAGCGAUUGUUGCUGGAACAGCAGAAGAUGAUGAAGAAACAGGACGAACUCAUUGAUAAAUAUGAACAGACGAAGAGCCUCAUAGAGUCCUCAAAGAGAGGGUCCACUAUGCUAGAUUAUGAUGAGCGAGUACACACUUGGAUCGCAGAUGCACCGGGAGAUGCCACUUUGUCACCAGGGCGGACAGAUAGUGAUUCGACAAGGAGGAAGGACUUAAAUUCUUGGGACCCAAAUAACACCUCAGGCUUCUUGCAAAAGAUUCGUGCAAAAUUACACAAGCUACACGUGGGUGAGGAGGUGCUGGCCCGGUGGUUGGACGAGGGUUGGUACUAUCGAGGUACAGUCCGGCAAGCUGGUGAUGCAGGAGCUUACUUCAUUGAGGACAGCUGCGGGGAUAUUGAGAAGAUUUGGCGAGAAGAUAUCAUCACGGAUGAGGAUGAUGCUGAUAACAUCAUUCAGAUCAAGGAUGCCGUCAUCGCCCUCCAUCCAAGCUUUGCCUACAGUUAUUGCCCGGGUGUCGUCAUGAAAGUCUUCCCCGACCUCUGGCUACUUAUACGAUUCUACGAUGGCCAAGAAGCACGUCUGCCACGAGAAGAGGUCUACAGGAUCACUCCAGACAAGUUUGAAUAUGACGUGGCGUUUAUACUGCAGCGAGAGGACCAAUGGGUUGGCCAGGCUGUGGUCGCUAGAGAUGACACAACAGGAUUGUAUCACUUGGCAAGUGUCACCGAGCGGGUAGGCAAUGGCCGCCAGUAUGUCAUCUCCUGGGCAGACGGUAAUCUAUCUGUGCAGACAUCUGCUGCUAUAUUUGGAGCCUUCACCAAGCGACGCCCCCUGGCAAUCGGUGACCAUGUCCUGGCCAUAGCUGAUCCAGUGCGUUUGGCUUAUCUUCCUGGGACGAUCCGCGAUAUCUCAAAUAAGCAGCUAAUUGUCAAAUUCUGUGAUGGUUCAAAGCGAAAGGACAUAGAUGCGACACAAGUCUUCUGGCUCUCUCAGGAUUAUUACGAGCAUGCAGUGGCGUACUAUUACAGCAAAAAUGCUGAUUCACCUCGACAGAGCAGGAGUACGAUAGUUUCCUCAGCAGAAUGAAAUCUCAUUAACGGAUGGAAAGAUUUCUCAUCAUCUGAUAUUGACCAAGGAACUGUGAUAAUGUUUCCAAGGUCAGAAAGGUCAAACUCUAAAAUUCCACUCAAGUUGAUACGUUUCACUACUGUUUGUGUGAGAUUCUUCAAAUUUUAAAUGGAGACACCUAUUGGGCAUCUUUACAAGUUGACCCAAUUUAGGUCAAUUGUGACCUAGUUUAUCAAGUUCACAGAGGUCAAAGUGUCAUUGACAGUGCCACAUUUUGUCAUAUCUAAAACUCAAUGUAUUUUAGCUGCAUUCCCCACGUGCAAUUGACUUAGGCAUGAUAAAGAUUAUGCGGAGAUGAGCCUUUAGAUGUUAAUUUACAUCAUAGUAUUUGUGCCUGUUGUGAAAGCUACAUGUAGAUCAUGACUUUAUGUGAACAAAUUUAUCUUUCUAGUUGAUAUCAUGUAAAUAGUCCUUCCUGUAGAAGAAAUAUUUUAAUAAAUC